AUGUUUAGAUCACAAGAAAUGAGUUAUUUUUAGUUAAUCAUGCCCCAAGACAGUGCAUGGACUAUUAUGGAUUAAUUGGGAUAUCUAAGUAAGGUGGAAAUCAUUGACCAUAAUCCUAAUGAAGCUCUAAUCAAUAGACCAUUUGCCAAUUAUGUCAAAAGGUGCGAUGAUUUAAUAGUGAAAAUAGAGAAUAUGCUAUAAGUAGCGAAAAAUUUGAAUUUGCUGUCUAAUUACAAGAAAGGAAAUUUGAAAUAGUUUACCAAUCAAGUAUUCCAUAUUAUAUAAUUAUUUCAUACCUACCUUGACAAGAUCGAAGAUGACAUCAACAAAAAGACAUCAUCUUUUCAAGAAUAAAAUAAGCAUCUUGAAUAACUUAUUGAUUAAUCUGAAUAUAUUCAAAAUUACAUAGAAAUUCUAAAAGAAAGUAAAACCUAUUUGGGGGAACAAGUAUUUCAAAAUCAACAAAUCUCAAAAUUUGAAUGCUACGUUGGCAUACUCAAAAAUUUGGAAUAAUUAUAAUUCCAUCGUGUAAUAUUUAGAGUAACAAAAGGAAAUUCUAUGGUGCAUUUAAAAAGAAUGAAUGAGAAAUAAUCAAUAUUCAUUGUUUUAUUCCCAAACAUAGGAAACUAUGGAAAAUAAAAAAUAUAAAAGAUUGUAGAAUAAGUAUCUCAAGGAAAGUUUACUUUACCUUAGAGUCACUAGGAAUUUGAAAAAAAGUUAAAUGAAUUGCAAAUGAAACAAGCUGAAUAUAUUAAUCUUAUAUAAAUGACUCAGAAUUAGCUGUGCUAAUGCAUAUCAAAUAUGUUGGUUCUCAGAAAUGGAUUACCACUUAUAGAAUUUUAUAAGUUCUACUUAAUUAAAGAAAAGGAUCUCUAUAAAGAACUGAAUAAACUUAAAAUGCAAGGAAGACUAUUUCUCGGAGAAUUAUGGGUGCCAACAAAGGAUAUUUUUCAAUUAGAGCAAACUUUAUAAAUGAUAAAAGAACAACAAACUAAUAAUCCUGGAGGUUAAUUAGCAUAAAAGUAUCCGCCUGAUUUCCUUUAGAAACCUACUUAUUUCAAAUUAAAUGAGUUUACUUCCAUCUUUUAAGAGAUAGUCAAUACAUAUGGGAUUCCAAGAUAUCAAGAGAUCAACCCUGCAAUAAUAACAAUAAUUACAUUUCCAUUUUUAUUUGGAGUAAUGUUCGGAGAUAUAGGUCAUGGAUUUACCUUAUUCAUGUUUGGAUCUUAUCUGUGUUUGUUUAAGAAUAAAUCAUUCUACAAUUUAAGAUAUCUGAUCCUAUUGAUGGGUGUAUUUAGCUUUUAUUCAGGACUGAUAUAUAAUGAUUAUUUAAGUUUAUCUUUGAAUCUAUUCUAAACUUGUUUCAGAUCAGAGGAGGAAUGCGUAUAUCCAUUUGGUAUUGAUCCAAUGUGGGGAGGCCAUUUAGAAUUCAACGACUCAUUUAAAAUGAAGCUAAGCAUCAUAAUAGCAUUUUGCCAUAUGUUGUUAGGUAUUUCAUUGAGUGGUCUAAAUUAUCUAUUUUUGGGGGAUUGGCUAAAAUUGUCAUGUAAAUUCCUACCAUAAUUGCUAUUUUUGAUAUGUACUAUAGGGUAUAUGGUAUUUUUGAUAAUAUACAAAUGGUUGAAUCAUUUUGAACCGUAAAAUGCCCCAAGCAUAAUAACAACAAUGAUAUCGAUGAUUUUGAACUUAGGGAGAAUAUCAGGUCCUUAAAUGUGGGAAGGAGACUCUCAGGACUACAUAUAAUAUUGUCUCUUAUUAAUGACAAUCAUCUCAAUACCUUGGAUGUGGUUUCCAUCAAUUAUUAGUCACCUGCUAUAAUAGGGAAGUUUUCAAUAAAAUGAAGGUAAACGUAAGACUCACAGAAUAGAUUAUGGAUAAUUGGUAGAAGAACCAGGGAUUGAAAUGACAUAAACUCAUUCUUAUAGUCAUGAAUAGAUAGACACAAAAUACGGUUAGCCAAAUGGAGAAACGCAAGAAUCAACAUUCUUUAUUAAAUAAAAGAACACUUCACAUUAAGGAAUCUAAGACCUGAUAGUUCAUGAAACUAUUGAGACAUUGGAGUAUGUCCUUGGAGUAAUAUCAAAUACUGCAAGCUAUCUAAGGUUAUGGGCAUUGAGCUUGGCUCAUUCAUAACUUUCAGAAGUUUUCUUUGAAUUGUUGUUAGUUUAACCAAUAAAUCAUGGAUAGCCAAUUAGUUUAAUGAUCGGAUUUCCAUUCUGGGCCUUGAUAACCUUUGGUGUUUUAAUGUGUAUGGAUAGUAUGGAGUGUUUUUUGCAUUCCUUAAGAUUACAUUGGGUGGAGUUCUAGAAUAAGUUUUAUAAAGGGGAUGGAGUCUAGUUUAAGGUGUUUUCCUUUAGAGAUAGAAUCAAAGAAAGCAUCAAUUUAGAAUCUUAGUGAAGGAUUAGAGUUAUGUUUUUAGUAUUAAUUUAGAUAGGAUAUUGAGUCUUA